AAGCCUCUGGGCUCCUCUCCUUCCCCUUCCUCCCCGCUGAGGGGUUUCGCGGGCAUUGUUGUUUUUUCCAGGUUCCUCCUCAGCCUCGCCUCGGAAGAAGGAGUUGCGGUACUAACAAUGUGAAGAUGCGAUGGUGAAAACAUUUGUGGUUUGAAACUGUAAGUUUCCACUGUUGGUGCUUGCAGAGAAAAGUAUGAGAUAUUGAAGAAGAAGAAGAAGAAGAAGAAGAAGAAGAAGAAGAAGAAGAAGAAGAAGAAGAAGAAGAAGAAGAGGAGGAGGAGUUUGGAUUUGAUAUCCCGUUUUAUCACUACCCAAAGGAGUCUCAAAGCAGCUAACAUUCUCCUUUCCCUUCCUCUUCCACAACAAACACUCUGUGAGGUUUUCAGAAGGGAAAGUUGUGCAUGAUGAGGUACGGAACGAACAUGGAUAUUUUUAGCCAGUAUAGGAAGAUAGUGAUGACCCCCUGAAAAAGCAUCACCAUCCUCACACAGAGCAAGCAUGGCUUUUGCCCAGUCGCACAUUAUGACAGCUAGAAGGCAUCAGCACAGUAGACUAAUAAUUGAAGUUGACGAAUACAGCUCAAACCCGACACAGGCAUUCACGUUCUACAACAUUAACCAGGGACGUUUCCAGCCCCCACAUGUGCAAAUGGUGGAUCCUGUUCCACAUGAUGCUCCUAAGCCUCCAGGAUACACACGUUUUGUCUGUGUAUCCGAUACUCACUCCAGAACAGAUCCCAUCCAAAUGCCAUAUGGUGAUGUUUUAAUACAUGCUGGUGAUUUUACUGAACUGGGACUGCCUAGUGAAGUUAAAAAAUUCAAUGAGUGGUUAGGCAGCCUACCAUAUGAAUACAAGAUUGUGAUAGCAGGCAAUCAUGAAUUGACAUUUGACCAAGAGUUCAUGGCGGACUUAAUCAAGCAGGACUUUUAUUACUUUCCCUCUGUAUCCAAGCUGAAGCCAGAAAGCUACGAAAAUGUGCAGUCUCUCUUAACAAAUUGCAUAUACCUUCAAGAUUCAGAAGUGACAGUAAGGGGCUUCAGGAUAUAUGGCUCCCCUUGGCAACCUUGGUUUUAUGGCUGGGGUUUUAAUCUUCCACGAGGCCAAGCACUUUUAGAGAAAUGGAACCUAAUUCCAGAUGGAAUAGAUAUUCUUAUAACACAUGGACCACCUCUUGGUUUCUUAGAUUGGGUUCCUAAGAAAAUGCAAAGAGUGGGUUGUGUUGAGCUGUUGAAUACAGUCCAGAGACGAAUACAACCACGUCUUCAUGUUUUUGGACACAUCCAUGAAGGUUACGGAGUUAUGGCUGAUGGAACUACCACCUACGUGAAUGCUUCUGCAUGUACAGUGAAUUACCAGCCACUCAAUCCACCUAUAGUUAUCGAUUUGCCUACUCCAAGGAACACAUGAUUAUCACAUGCAGAAGUAUGAAGCCUGCAACCUGUGUAAAACAUUGGCUAGCAGCACAGAGCUGCUAAUGUAAAAACUAAGCAUACGCUAAAUUAUGAACGUGUUUUUCAUUUCUCUUUAUGAAAUAACUGGAGAAGCAAGAAUGGACAGACAUCAGAGGUAUCUGGUAUCACAGCCUUCUAGAAAUACUUCGACAGAUCUAACAUCUCAUCAUUUUAAAAAAGACUUUUUAAUACAGAAAAGGGGCCUGCAUUCCAUGUUAUAUCAAGAGACAUCAAUGCAUUAUGUAUAUUCCAUGUGCUAUACUGAACUUACUAAAAUGACAUGACUCUUCAGCCAAGUGGUUCUUUAUGAAGGUUUACGGUUUUCAUGUGUGUUAAAUGCUAGCAUUUGCUCAUUUAAACCUGGUUUCACAGGAUAAUCACAGUGAGGGGGAAAUAAAAUUGUGUAGAUUAUUGGGACUAUUAUUACAGAUAUAAAAUGGCUCCCCAUGUAUUUAAGAGGUCAAAAGAAGCACAUUAUUAUGGCACAAGGUUAUAGACUUUUCAAAUCUAUAAUCUUCCAGUCUUCCAGUAAAACCCAGUAUAGGAGAAUUUUUAAAAUCAUCUUCCAUCGGAUAUUAAAUAUGGAAAGUGAUAUUAUGGUGGAGAUUACCGAAAUGCAGUAUACAGCACAAAAAUUGAAAGAGAAGUUUAAAAUUAAAUGUAAACUCAGGAAUUAAAAAGCCCCCUCCCUCCCCCCAAAAAACCCUAAUGAAUUCUGCAGCUGUUAAAUCUCAUACAGGGCAAACUUAAUCAUGUUUCCUUAGAAGUAAGUCUACUGUCUGCAACCGUCUGUACAACAAUGUGCAAAUGCAACUUGAAAUACUUGCUGCAUUUUAAGCCACUACUGCGUCCAUAGCCAUAGCUUUUGCCCUUGCAGCCCAGUUCUCAAAGGUCAAUUCCACAUUCACCCAAGCUGGCAAAUGUGUGCGCAUGCAGCUGAUCCAAACAUGUUUAAGAGUCCACAUGAGCACAUCACAGGGAUCAUAAAUAUGGGUUUUAACAAUAUAUAUAUAUAGGCACAUAACUUCAGGAAUGUGGAGUUCAGGGUCAAAUCUGAGAAAGGUACAGAAUGAUAUCUAGACUUGUUGCUUGUUAAGUACAGUCAUAUCUCGUGUUGCGUUCUGCUCUUCUUAUGGACUUUCAGCUUACGAACACGGCAAACCUGGAAGUGUUUACUUCUGUGUUUGCCGCCGGCGCAUGCACAGAAGCAAUCUGCGGGCUUCGCACAUGCGCAGAAGAGGCGCGCUAGUUGUGGACUUUUCGGGGUUGGAAUCCAUGGAAUAGGGAGCACAAAAAGAAGACUUGUCAUUUUAUGGCAACCUUAUGUGUUCUGAAAAUAUAUAUUACUGUGGAUCAAAUUUAUUCACAAGAUCGGGUGUGCAGAUAUAACUUUGCACAGAAAGGCUAGUGCAAACCAGGCUAGAUGGCAGAUAUCUCUGGUCACCGUUGCAAGAAAAAGCAAAUCCACUAGUUUGCACCAGCCUUUCAGCACGUUGUCAUUCCUCCACAUGGAGGAAUUCUACAUUGUGGCUAAUGUGGCUAUUUUUAUAAUAAACCUUUACAUACCGUAAGUUUUCUAGUGACAACCCCAGAAAAUAAAAUAAACAAACUUCCUGAAACAGAUAAAUGAGUCUAAAAUGUUUACAAUAACUCAUAGCACUUCAGAAACACUUAAAAAAAGAGGUGGAGCAUAUUAUUAAAAUAAGAGGCCUUUUUUUUGCCUCAAGUACAUUUCUAUGUAAGUCAGGAUAUAUUCUCUGAAGAAUAUUCCCCCCCCUCUAAAAAUAUUUCUUUGAAAUAUCGUGCAUUUUUAUGUAUGAAUGACAUUAAGAAGCUUUUGAGGUCAUGAAAAUUUUCAGGCGUGUUGGAUCAUUUUGGCAUAACUGGAUUGUUGUUGUAAUUUCCUGUCAAGCAUGUUAGACAAAUAAAAAUCU